AUGUCGAAAGAAUUCUCCGAAGAGGACAUCGCCGCGCAUAACACGCCGGAUGACCUAUGGCUGGCGAUCAAUAAUAAAGUCUACGACUUUACGGAUUUUGCGCCAGAUCAUCCAGGAGGUGCCGAGAUCAUCUACCAAUAUGCUGGCAAGGAUGCGAGUGACGAGUACAACAGUUUUCACGCGCCGUCAUUGGUCCAGAAAGCACUAGAUGCCAAAUAUCACCUUGGAUCUCUCAAAGUGUCUAGCAAUAAGAAAGAGCCAGAAUCCAAUGGGCAAGCAAAGAGCAAAUCAAGUAAUCCCAGUGAGAGACCUCCUCUUCGCGACAUCAUCAACUUGCACGACUUUGAGAACGUAGCAUCAACAGCACUCGCAAAGAAGGAAUGGGCAUAUAUCAGUGGAGGAGCAAACGAUAAUCUCACCCGUGACGCAAACGCCUCAUUCCUCGGUAGAAUCUGGCUACGGCCAGCAGUCAUGAGAGACGUCCGAACAGUCGACACCACAACCGAGCUAUUCGGUUGCAAUCUCCAGUUACCAGUAUACAUCUCACCAACUGGCGCAGCCUUGACUGGUGGCGAACAAGGAGAGCUCGCAUUAGCCAAAGGAGCAGCAAAGACAGGCAUCAUUCAGACACUGGCAACACCCUCUUCCUUCCCACAUGAAGAUGUCCUUGACGUCACGCCAGAACGAGCCUUUUUCCAGUUAUACGUGAACAAGAACCGAAAACUAUCAGAAGACCUGCUGAAAAAGGUCGCAAAAACUGGCAAGAUCAAAGCACUCUUCGUCACAGCAGAUUUACCCGUCGUGUCCAAGCGAGAAGCUGACGAGAGAGUUAAAAGCGCGAACGUCGGACCAGGGGAAGACUGGAAAGGAUCGGGGCUGGCACGUCAAACGGGCUCGUUCAUUGAUCCAUCUCUGAAUUGGGAUGAUAUCACCUGGCUCCGUGCUCAGGUCGACGUCCCCAUUGUCAUCAAGGGAAUUCAGAGAUGGGAAGAUGCUAAACUGGCUAUGCAACACGAUGUGCAGGGCAUUGUUCUAAGCAAUCAUGGAGGGCGCGCAGCGGACACAGCUCCUCCGUCAAUUUUGCUACUCUUGGAGCUUCACAAGAAUUGCCCUGAAGUGUUCAAUAAACUCGUCGUUUUAGUUGAUGGCGGAUUUAGAAGAGGUUCUGAUGUUCUCAAAGCUAUCUGCCUUGGAGCAUCAGCUGUUGGUCUUGGAAGACCAUUCGCUUACUCAGUCGGCUACGGUGAAGACGGCGUUGAACACGCCUUCAAUAUUCUACGAGACGAGCUGGAAACCGCGAUGCGUCUUUGUGGCCUGACAAACUUGGCAGAUGCCAGCCCCGACUAUGUAAACACUGCAGAUGUAGAUCACUUUGUCCGCGCUGGAGGACAUCCUUACGCCCGAAAAGUGCGGAGACCUGGUUCCAAGCUUUAA